CGCGUGCGAUCAUGGUGGUGCUGAAGGGCGUCCCCGCGCUCCUGUCCCCGGAGCUGCUUUUCGCCCUGGCGCGGAUGGGACACGGAGACUCCAUCGUUCUUGCAGACGUGAACUUCCCCACCUCCUCCAUCUGCAAGUGUGGCCCAGAGGAGAUCCGUGCUGAUGGCCUGGGCAUCCCACAGCUCCUGGAGGCCGUGCUGAAGUUGCUGCCACUGGACACCUAUGUGGAGAGCCCGGUUGCUGUCAUGGAGUUGGUGUCCAGCGACAGGGAGAGGGGCCUCCAGACCCCGGUGUGGAGGAACUACCAGUCCAUUCUCUUAGAGGCUGGCUGCUUGAGCCCCCUAGCGAAGAUAGAGAGGUUUGAGUUUUAUCAGCAGGCCAAGAAGGCUUUUGCUGUUGUAGCAACUGGGGAGACGGCCCUCUACGGAAACCUCAUCCUCAAGAAGGGGGUCCUGGCCCCCGAAGCCCUGUCCUAGGCUGGUGAAAAAUCAGGACCCCUGAGACCGACACCACCAGCAGGCCCUUCCCUGCCUGGCAACACCCAGACCUCACCCAGCCAGGGUUCUGGAACUGGCAGGUUCUUGGGGGACUGCUGACAGGCUGGGAUUCUCUCGAUCUGAAAAGUGUAAUGACAUCGCCCUGGCCGGUUUGGCUCAGCGGUUAGAGCAUCGGCCUGCGGUCCAGAGAGACCCGGGUUCGGUUC